GUUCUCCACUUCUAGUAAGAACAGAGGUACGAUAGAUAACCCCCGUCCCCGAAUUCAAAUCCGCCAAAUCUGGUAAUACGACCGCCACGCCGCUUUGCCUUCCCCGCCUCCCUCCCAAACCCAAAUCAUCCCCCCGUCCGCCUUCUUCGAAAUACCACCAUAUUAAACCAAGAGCAAGCGAAAUCUCAAAUCCCAAAUCCCACCUCUCGAAUUUAGCACAGGGCAAUCCAAAUCGCUCGGUUCUGAUGCCGAAGGCGCACGAGGAGGAGGUGCCGGCGGCGGGGGCGGACAGCGAGGAGCUCGAGCCGCUCUUCGACUACUCCCGCGUGCAGCCCACCAUCGACUUCUGCUUCGACGAUUCCGACCUCGAGAAGUCGGACAUCUUCGUCCACUGCAACAAGCGCCCCAAGGUGGCGGACGACGCAAACGCUGACGAGGGGGGUAAGGGUAACGAGAAGGGCGACACCGGCAUAAAGAAGGCCAUGGUGGUGAAUUUGGAUGAUGAGGAUUGGCUGGCUCCACCGCCGCUGAAGCCUGUGCUCAGCGCUGACGUAUGCAAGGAUAAAACGAUGCACGAGAGAUUAAAGAAACAAGAAGUACAGAAACUGGUUGAUGAUGAAUUUCAAAAGGUUGUUGAAAAUGUUAAGAAAGACAUGUUGGCCAAAAAGCCACCUGAACCUAUAGUUCUUGAUGAGCCAACUGAAACAGAGACUAAGAAAUCGAAAGAGAAGAUCUGCAUAAUGUUUCAGGAAAAGGAUGCAAGGCAGCAGUUCCGUGUGUCCAUGGAUGAGAAAUUUGACAAGCUUUUCAAGGUAUAUGCUAAGAAGGUCCAACUCAGCCCAUCUGAUCUGAUUUUCAUAUUCGAUGGUGACAAAAUAAACUCGGCUAGUACACUCCAGGACCUUGAGCUGGAGAACGGUGAUAUGAUUGAGGUGCGCCGUAAAUCCCACUGAAACCUAGGAGCUUAGCCUGGAGUUAUCUCAAUCUGUAAUUUUGGGCGUCCCUGAGUGGGGCAUUGUUUGGAGGUUGACCUGUUUUCUUUUGCGGUCAGCUGCUCAUAAGGUCAGCUCCACAUUUGCUAGUGUUAACUUCUUUUACAUGUUCAUGUCUAUGCCCAUAAUAGACAUACAAGACAUGCAAUUGUAUGUAAAACAUGCUUCUUUCCAGCCUCUUUGAUAGAUGCCCCCACCUUUACUGCUCUGUAUUUUGCAACGUGAGAUGGUUAGAAUUGUACUAUGAAGUAUGUGAGUGGUGUAUAUUAGUGUACAGAUGGCAUUUGCUUGGACCAA